ACGACGGAAAAUCAAUCAAAAUUUUGAUAUCCGUAAAAUAGAACCGUGAACAUAGACACGAAAUCUGCGACGGUGCGUUUUCUUCGCAGGCGAAAAACGGAGGCCCAAAAACCCUGGAGGAUAUGCAGUAGAGCCGAGCGGCAAGCAAAAAGGACUGUUUAAUUUUUCGUUUUCUGUUAGUGGUGGUGCUGAAGCUGCUUUGGGUGGUACGGCUUGCUUUCUGGUUGGUGUCUUUCCGUGCGAAAGGUGUCCGCUGCGUAGCCCAGGCGCCGAUUUGUUUUCGUCCUUUCGUUCGCUCAGUGUCGGGGGGAGGUUUUCUUUUUUUGAGUCUUCGAGGUCCUCCGAGUUCGUCCGGAAAGUGGUUCCAAUCGUUGGUGUCCUGUUACAUUGCGUUUGGGGAUUGCUAGAUACGACCCAACAUACAGUGUCAGUGCGUCACGGGAGGAAAACAAACCAAGUGACCAAUCCCCCCCUGCCGAACGGGUGGAAAAUGGUGUAGCAAAGAAGGAAAAGUGUGUGUGCAUGUGCGUGUGUGUGUAGCACAGUAAAUCCAAGGAUGCGCAGGAUAUAUACGAUGGGAGAAAUGUACACGUGUGUAUGCGCGUGUUAACACAACGUUCCAGGCCGUACUGCUGGACUGCUGGCUCCCCCACCCCCAGUUCCCGGUCCAGUGGUGUGAAAACAUGAGCACAGCUCCUCCCGGACGGAAAAACGCAGCGCAUUAACCUUGCCGCGCGAGGAUACGAGAACGGUGAACGGAGGAGGAAAUUGCGGAACAGUACGCGAAUUAGAUUUCGCUAUCCGGUUUAUCCCCUCCAGCUCCCUCAUUUUCUCUCCUUCCACCACCACUACCCCUCACGCUCCGUGUGCUUUCCGUGUUCCGGGGGAAAAUGCCCGAUAGCUGCACCAACGCAACGUCCAACAAAUGGCACUAUUUGAGCAAACCGAAACCACAACGAAGGUUACGCUAGACGACACCGAGGCCUGCUGCUGUACGAUCGAAACAGCACAAACCAUCGACGGGCAUACGGAGUAUGUGGUGCGGGUACAGCGCGGCCCGUAUCCGGAAAACAGCUGGCGCAUACUGCGGCGCUACAAUGACUUUGCCUCGCUCAACAAGUGUUUGCAAAUUUCCGGGAUCGAUUUGUCAUUCCCCGGCAAGAAGCUAAUUGGUAAUAUGCGCCCAGAUUUCAUCGCUGAACGGUUGAACGCAUUACAGGAGUAUAUAAAUCAAGUACUAAUGAAUCCCAUUUUGGCAUCAUCGUUACCAACCAAAAAGUUCAUCGAUCCGGACAGUUACUCGACGCCGUUCCAUGAUUUGGCCCUACAGUAUGCGUCGAUGAGCCUGCGCACCGAUGGCGUGUACACGCUCGGCCAGUCGCUCGGUCCGAUCGGAUGGCGGCUACGCAAGCACUACUUCAAGGUGGUGCACAAACCGCAGGGCAAUAAGCAUUCGCCCGGCCAUUCCACCACCAAGCACCAUCUGAUCAAGUCGAGCUCGCAGUCGCACGGCAAGCAGCACACGACGCAGGUGUGCGUGACUACCUCGACCGAGAAGGACUACAACAGCAGCACGCGGGACCACAGUGGGCGCGACGAUUUGAUCCUCAGCUGGACCGAGUUCGGGCCCGAUCGGUACAUCGACGAGAAGGAGAUCCACACGGUGCUGAAAAACUUUGGCGGCGUGCAGCAUCCGUACAUCGUGCCGAUCGAGCACAUUGCAUCGAACGACAGCGGCGCGCUGGUGAUACGCAAGUUCUACAAGCAGGGCAGCCUGAAGGAUGUGCUGUGCUCGGCCAGCCCGUGCAAUCCGUUCCUAUCGAAGUACGGCAGCCCGAAGGGUCGGACGCCGCUGCCGCUGAAGGAUUUGGCGUUGUACGCGCGGCAGAUACUGGAAGCGAUUCGCUUCCUGCACUCGAAGGGUAUGGCGUGCGGGCACGUGCACUGCGGUAACGUGAUCGUGGUGGACGGUAUCGCGAAGCUGAUGGAUGUGGAGAACUUCAUCUUUGGCGUGCCCUCCUUCUAUCGGCCGUUCUUCGUGCAGCACAGCAAGAUCAACACGUGCGAAGCGAUCGACGUGUACGGCUUUGGCCACCUGCUGUACGAGAUGUGUAUGGGUUACCCGUUGCAGGACUCGUACGCUCGCCAGAUCAGCGAUUGCCCGGAUAGCUUAAAAUCCUUGCUGGAGUCGAUCCUGUCGAAGGACGCCUGCAAAUCGUCGCUGCCGACGCUGGACCAGCUGACAACGCACCCGUUCUUUGGCGAGUAUGCGGGCCACUUUAACGAUUUGUAUGCGACUACCAUUGCUGUUCAGAAGCCACAUCUAAAGUUCUCUACCAGCGCCAAAGAGCAGUUGAAGCUGGCGGUUCAAAAGACUGAGAAUCGUGUCCGGGACGAACAGCGCUCCGUGAAGAACCAGAAGCGGCUGGUGCGGGUGCAAGAGAUGAUGACGUCCGAGGAGGAGAAGAAGAAAAUCAAACAGAAAGCUAAACAUGAGCAGAAGCAGGCCAAGCUGCGCGCACAAAACUCUCUGCAGCUAAACAAUGGGCCACCGACGACGGGUUCGGCUGGCAUUACCGCAACGGUGCAUCUGUCUAGCUCGACCGGCGGUAUCGUCAAAUCGGACAGCGCCAACAGCAUUACCUCACCGCAGGAAGCACUGAUGUCGCCGCCACCGCAUGCGACGGACAGUGGCGGAAGCACAUCGCCCCAGCCGCCCCCAUCGGCGCCGCCGAUACCGGGCCCACUGUCAUCGGUGCCGCUGUUUGCAGCCGAUUCCGACCCCACCCAAGCGCCCGGUUCCAGCGCCCCAGGUAAGCAGCUCGCGAAGUCAAUUUCCGGCGACGAGCCUACUACCGGUAACCGCAGCGCACUGCUCCAAUCGAUUUGUAAUUUUAACAAAAGCGGACUGAAAAAGGUCGUUAGUCCAGCCGAGGCGGGCGGUAAAUAGAAGCAAAACGCUUACACUAACUGGUCCGUCGCAAACGAUCGUCCGUCGUUGUGUCCUGUCCUUACUUAGCCCGGGUGAACAGGCUGUUGUUAGCGAGGGAUGGCGGCAGCGGCGUCCGCGGGUUGAGCGAAACAAAAUGUGAAAUGCAAGGAGAUUAGAACACUAGCACGUUAGGAAUUCUUUAAACAUUGAAUGGUACGUUUUUAUGUUUCGUGUGGCGGAAAGACUUUUAACUACCACUGAGGACUGAGGAGAAGUAUGAAGCGCUAAUCCGCGCACCUGAGAGAAUCGUAUGUGCAAAAAUGAAAGAAUCGUAAACACUGCGACACAUCCAUCGACACAUCAUUCGAUACAUCUCUUAAAAUCAAACCAGUGAAUGGGUUUCGCAACACUCCCACACACACACACACAUAGUCACACAGGAUGAGCACGAUUUUUGGACCAAUUUUUCAUAACAUUAGUAGCAAAAUCAAAUCCAAACGUACAUGAAUGAAUAAACAACACUUGCUUAAGAAACAAACAAACCUGUGGGCCCGAACGCAAACAGAGUUAAAGAACUAAAACAUACUAAAUGAACUAUAAAACUGACCUGAUCGUUGGAAUAAAUCAUGUAGCCAAAGUAGUAGUCGAACGUAACAAGAAAACGAAAGUAGACUAGAAAUGGAACAGCAGGCACUAUGGAAAAAAUAUUGCAAUGGAAGAAGGUUUUUAGCUUUUUUUUUACCUUCGAAACUGUUCUAAAAUAGUUCAAAAUGCAGUUUAGUGCAUUUUGAAGAAAGCUUGAAUUUGUUUAAAUCGCAAAUGAAGUUGGUUUUUAGGUCCCUUGUUACUUUUAUUACUUUUAUUGUUUUUAUUUUUAGUUUUGUUUUUAUUAUUAUUAUUAUUAUUAUCAUUUUAUUAUUUGUUAUCUACUCUUAUCAAGCACAUUGGUUUAUUUUCACCGAAAGUAAAUUAAUUAGCUGUUUGUUGAGAGUUUGUUGUUUAUUUUCUUUUUAAUCUGUGUUACAACAACCACAUCGUUGUUGUUUUCGCAACUCGAGUGUACACCUCAAUGCACUGAGAAUUGGUUAUUGCUUGGUGAUAUGCUUCGUUUUACUGCGUUGCCAAAUAUAUAAAAAAAUGUUGAUAGAAUAAAAAGAUAUAGGUAUGUGAAGUGAAUAAAGAAAAGAACUGGGAAAAUGUAACACGCACUAGAAUGGAACCUCAUUUGAUGUUGAUACGAUGUUUAAAGGAAUUGUUGCAAAGGAAAACCCCUCCAGGCAGUGAAGUUGUAGAGCAUACAGAGCAAAAGUAUUAAAGUAUUAGUCAAAUAUGAGUGUAGAGUUUAUAGGUAUGCAAUUAACGCGUGGGAUUGGUUUGUUUUUGUAUUGUGCGUCCUGUCCAGCGAUAUUUUCUUAAGCUAGUUUUUGCUUCGUUCCUUAUUAGUGCAUACUAUAAGUGGGGUUUGCAUGAGUGUGUAUGACUACUAUAACACAAAUGUAUGUUAUUAGACUUUUAAUGUGUUCUGGUUGUUUUGUUCGCCACAUUAGACGGAAAUCACAAUCGAUAACACAGCAAAGCUUUGUCUAACACUUUCCUGCGUACCAUCACCAUGAAGAUUAUUUUUUGAUAUGCUAUCACCGUGCCACUAAAACCAGUGAUACGUAUUGUGUCCAUGCUAACGCACUUCCAAAUGAAAAACAAAAAUGUGUAAAGUUUGAAACAUACCAGCAAAUCUUCAAAUCAGUAUCAACAAGCGUAUGAAUGAAAUGUGAUAUAAGUUUUACUGAAAUGUUUCUUCAAUUUGAUGACCGUUCCACUACCUUCCAUUUAGCGCAUGAUUUUCAAUGUCAAACAUUUUAUAGGAUAAGCGAAACGACUAUGACUAGCAACAUGAACAAUUGAAAACGGAUUUCGUCUAACAUCUCAUCCGCUGGAAAUAUUUCCCUGAGUUAACGCAAGGUGUGCCAAUUGCGCCGCCAUGGUUUAUGAAUUGUAGAUGUAUAGCUUAAUAGUAACAACAAUAAUAAUAACAAUAUAUUACUAUCGUCCGUUGUACUUGCCGAGAGAGGAAAGCAAAAAAAGAAAACAAUUGUUCGCUGAUGGAAAUGAUCUUAUGAGCAAAACACAUACACGCAAAGACGAAGACACAAAAACACUCAUUCUCACUCACAGCAACACUAAUUGAUGCAACAAACAAGAGGGGACAUCCUAAACCAAAUCCAAAUAAACUAGGCUCUUUUUUAAAAUAUCACGUGCUAACACUGUUGGCGAAGAGGAAGGAAGGAUUCUAUCAAAAUUGUACUGUAGUAGUAGGGUGAUACAAUCGUGACGUGAUGUGUGGUAGAGGCUAAAAUGCAUUCACAAUGAUUAAGAAAAAACCAAAAACUACUAGACUUGCGCAUAGAUAUCGCGUACGAGUAUUAUAUAGAUGUUGCAUACGCAGCGGACUCUUCGCUUGCAUCAUUCGGAUACUGCUAGUUUUAGACAUCUAGCAUCUAGCCACUAUAUCACCUGUGCGACUGCAAUGUGAUCGUGACCAGAGAUCAGACCGCGUCUGAUCUCCCUCACUGCACUGAAUCAAACUUCUUGACCCCGGUGACGCGGUGCGACGGUGGUGCAUCUCAAUCUUUUUCACAUGUUGCUUCAACGUCGUGCAAGUGAAAGAGGAGAGUAUAGCUGCAAAAGCUGCAGCUCAGUGCAGUACCGAAAAGUAUUUGUGUAGUGCCAUAACAUUCUAGGUAAAAAAUGAAUAUGGAAAAACUGUACAAGACAGAUCACACAAUGUACCAAGUCAGUUGAAAGGCGUGUAAAUUCCAACUCAGCACACAGGAGCACAACAACGCUCUUGAACAGCUAUGCCGUUGUGUGGGUUUUACUCGUUCCCGAAUCUGUUUGCGCACUUCAGUACGAAAUAAAACACGAUAAACAGAAAUAUCAUACCCAAGGUGUGCUAGUCCACCGGGAAGCAUUUUACUGUUGCGACAAAUGUUACACUGAGAAUCUUCUACACGUUAUUAUACAUACAUAUACAUGCAUAUAUACAUACCUAUAUUUACUAAAAAGCAAAAAGAAAAACUCAUCUGAUUACGGAUAAAAACAAAAUCAACUAAAGAAAAUGCUGUAUUUCUAAAUAUAAUUGUGAUUUAUGUGGAAAAAGUGUAUCCUGAUAUAUAUCUCCCUUUUAUAACAAUAUUAUACAAUCAUAAACGAAGCGAAAAGGGUAUGAUCGAAUGGGAGUGAUCGUGAUUGUACGCAACCGAACGGAAUGAAUGAAUCAAUGCGGUGGAACGCUGGAGGUACGCUUUAAAGACAUGGAACAAGCAUAAACUGUAAAGGAAAGGAUACUAUUCAUAUUCACAACUGUGUCGUGCGUAAACUGCGCUGAUUUAAAAACCAAACUCUAAAAGAAAGAAACUAAAUGUAUGAACAUUCCGUAAUGAAGGUAAUAAAUCGUAAAUACAUUAGAUCAAAUCUCAUACCACUGCUGUCCUAAAUAAAGGCGUGUGUACUAUGGCAUACCAAAGUGGAUAUACAUUUUAAUAAUAAUUUAAAGGCAUGGCAUGUUGCUAAAACCAAAACCUCUUGCGGUACUGUGGUGAGACUAGCCGAAAACUAAAGUAUAUAACGAUGUGCUAAAAUAGAAUCAUUCACUUUUGGUGGUGCACUAUUAACAUAAUGUUGCAUUGUGUUUACCCUUUUCUUGCUGUUUGUUGGUUAUGUUUAGCGAAUAACGUAUGAUAUGGUUGCAUCCAUUAAUGGGUUAGGCUGUUAUUUGCAUUGUUAUUUUGAGGUAACAUUCCGCUUUUGUUCGCUUGUUAAAAAUGUGACAUUUAUUUUAUUGUAUUUGCGCUGUCAUUAAAAAAAGUCUUGUGAAUUGUUUAGUUAUCUCUGUUUGGUAUUGGAUUUAUUGACUUACCUUUUAGCAAAUUCUGUUUACACAGUACUGUGCAUACAUGUUUCACUGUUCGUAUCCGUACUUUUUGUGCAUUAAUGUAAUAAGUGAAAAGAAGGAACAAAAGUUAAACAAAACUUAAUGUAGCGCAAGUAGCAAGGAAUCAAUCAAACGAACGAACGUAAAUCGUGCAAAGAAGAGAACCAGAUAAACCAAAUAAAAACCUAAACCUACAAAACAAACUAAAUAUAAUAGAACUUUUGAACAAGAGAGUCGGAGAACGGGACAGAGAUGGAAGAUGGACAUUUCUCGUCCUCGUAAUAAUCGUACAUUGUCGUAAUUAAACAUCCAUCUCUCCUAUCAAUUCAACUCGUGUCAUACGAUUAGGAUCUUGUAUGAAGAGAUGCAUACUCCCAUGUCGAAAGGUCCAAUUCUGAGCAAGGGUACAUCAAUGAAGCAAGUAAGCUUCUCCGAACUAUCGCAGAAAAUCCACAAAUAGCAGGAAGGAAACAAAGAAGAAAAACAAAACAAAAAAAACUAUCGUAAAACUGAAUCUCUUAACAAACUUUCUAUUGCAACCAAUCACAACUGAUAAAUAAAGAACCUGUCUUAAUUGGAGUAAA